AUGCCCACUCAACCUUCGAUUUCUCAACCGUCCUCACCAACGCGUGCCGUUGGGGGGAAGAAACCGUCGAAUCCUCCUCUAACGCAUGCCGUUGGAAGCGAGAAACCGGUGGAUUCUCCGCCACCACCCGGUGAUGGCGGCGCGAAACCGAAACAUCCGGGCGUGAACCCCGCUGCCCCUAAUAAGGGCCGCACCUCAACCCCUCGUGGUGCCAACCCCCAAGCCAAGGCUACGUUGCAAGACAAAGCCGCGGUGGACGAGGCAUGGCGCAAGGAUUGGUACUCUCAACAUCCACGAACGGAACGCUGUCGACCUACGGAAGACGAGUUCAGGCGCGCGAUGUCCAGAUUCAAUGACGACUCACUUACGGGGGACGACUACCGCUUCGCAGCGCUAGCCUCUCUCCCCACACCUGUGGAACCCGGUUCUGCCUUCUCCAUGAUGAUUCUUUGUCGCUCGGGGGCGGCCACGUUCCCACUUCAAGUAAUGUUGGACUCGAUCGGAGCGGAGCUACAGCCACUCGCCUGGCUCGCAGCAAAACCGGCCCUACGGGACUUCAAGAAGGUCCACAACGUAGGCAUUAGUUUUACCUGUACCGACCGCGCCACCGUAGACAAAAUCGGCGGCAUCAAGCUCACCGUUUGUGGGAAGCAAUUCCCUAUCCUCGCCUACUCGGAGUACUCCGCGCUGUAUUGGGUCGAUAUCGUCCUGUCCAACGAGGCGACAGCCGAGAACGUGUACGAGUACUUCGUACACCAAAACGAGCGGCCAGUUCUCAUCACGUCAACCUACGACAAAUACUCGGUCAAAUCACGACAUGUUACUGUCUACUUUAAAUCGAACGAACCUCCGGCGUGUCUCAUGUAUGGUAAAGACGACCCGGUGCGCGAAAUCUUCCCUCUGGGCAACGACUCGUUCGCCUGCUACGUCAACCACCGCAUCAGCCGCUACAACGCGGGCCCCCCGCCGUCCAUCAAGGCCAAACAGGCUCGCGAUAAAGCAAAAAAAAAUACCAAGCAACCGCCAGCGCCCCAGGCACCACCAUCGACACCGACUAGGCGCUCGUCUCCAGUUCCAUCGAUACUGGUUCCGGAACCUACAAAGGACGACCAGGCUAUGGACGACGCACAGUCCUUGGAUGAGGAAAUUCACCUGCCCAUCGACCCCAGGCCCCACAAGGCGGAUCACGUCAUGGACGACUCUACUCCUGAUGAAGAGGACACAUCUGAAAGCGAGGAGGACGAUGUUUGCUCCAUGGGCCCACCUACCCUGAUCAUAUCACCGUCGAUCGCAGGCGAUCGUGAGGAAGUGAGGCACCCGGGUGCGCCAACGAAGGAUGCUCCUAUGUGGCUCCGCAUUCAGUACUCCCGCAAAGUCAUGGGGGUAAAAGCCGCCAACGUUUCACCUCGAACGUCGAAAUCAAUCUUCGCUACGACAACCAACAACCCAACAGCGGUCGAAUAUGAGUUUUCAACACUCAACCGCUUCGCAAUCCUCGCGGACGACGAAUCAGACGCAGGGAACAUACCUCCUCCUUUGAAAGUGGCGAUCAACGGGAGCCAAAACACCCGCGCAAAGUUCAACCGCCAGGUUCUCACCUCGACUGCUUCACUCCGUCAGUACGAUACGCUGGCAUCGGACUACGCGGUCGAAUCCAUGCCUAUGGCGGAGUUCCUUAGCUUUUUAGAGAGCUACAUCGCCACGUACCAGAGUUCAGAGGACCCGGAGGAGGCCAUGGCUAUGCUUCAGGCUAAUCCAGGCCACCUUUUACCUCUCAUAGACGGCGACCACCCUACGAACUAUGACAUUUUGGAGACCAAGUUACAAACCCACGUUCUGCAACGCUGCAUCCAACCACGCUUCACGCUGGAGGAAGUACAAGCUGCGCGGGACGCGCGGGCCGACUCCAUCUUCACGUCCAGGCCCAUCUGGCAAUUCCUUGUCCCAGACACCUCUAUGCCGGGACUCCUGCACCAAUUGCUCGACGACCAGUCGCGCCCGCUUGCCUGGGCAGCAGCUCGGCUAUGUCAAUACCUACAAAUCAACCAGCCCGAGCUGUAUUUCAACCAAGCCAAGAUCUAUGGAUUACUUCUAUCCCUCAAACCUUUUCUGCCAGCAGCCACGGUGCCUGCGAAUCCACACUUUUUGUGGACCGACGCCACCAUCUGCGCGUUGGCCAAAUCGGCUUUAGGCGAUUACCUACUUCAAAGCAACAUCCCCCACGCCCUUAGCGACGCCAUUCACCUCCUCGCGGCUGCGCAUCCGCUCACCUCCCACCACAUUGGUUGCUUCCUCGCCUAG